AUGCCCACCGGCGCGGACGAGCGCGUCUACUGCCCGGACUGCCGCCGCGCGACGGAGGUGGUGCUGGACCACGGCACCGGCGACACCAUCUGCACCGAGUGCGCGCUCGUCCUCGACGCGCACUACAUCGACGAGGGCUCCGAGUGGCGCAACUUCGCCGACGACGGCGGCGGCGAGGACCGCGACCCCAGCCGCGUCGGCGCCUCCGGGGACCCCUUCCUCAACGCCAAGCUCUCCACCGUCAUCGCCUACGACAAGAAGCCCGGCAAGUCCUCCGGCGAGGCCAACGCCCUGCCGCGGACGUCCGUGCCCGGCGACGGCGCCUGCGCGGCCUCCGACAAGACCCUCGUCGACGGCUUCCGCGGCAUCGGCGACAUGGCCGACCGGCUCGGCCUCGUCGCCACCAUCCGGGACCACGCCAAGGAGACGUUCAAGAAGCUGGACGAGGCCAAGGGCGUCCCGCGCGGCCGGAACCGCGACUCGGUCUACGCCGCCUGCAUCUACAUCGCCUGCCGCAACCUCGGCAUGCCGCGCACCUACAAGGAGCUCGCCUCCGUCACGGCCGCCGGCCCGGCCGCCAAGAAGGACAUCGGCAAGAUGUCGACGCACAUCAAGAAGCUCCUCGGCGAGGAGGACGGCCAGGUGAUGGACAUCGGCGUCGUCAGCGCCUCGGACUACCUGCGCCGCUUCUGCUCGCGCCUCGGGCUGGGCAACCAGGAGGUGCGGGACGCGCAGGAGGCCGUGCGCAGGCUCGAGGAGCGCCUCGACGUGCGCCGCAACCCCGAGUCCAUCGCCGCCGCCGUCAUCUACAUGGUCGUCCAGCGCGCCGGCGCCACCAACUCCAACUCCGCCAUCAAGGACGUCUCCGUCGCCACCGGCGUCGCCGAGGGGACCAUCAAGGAGGCGCACAAGGACCUCACCCCGCACGCCCACAUGCUCUUCGCCCCGCCUGUCACCGCCCACGACAUUAUUAACCCUUUAUUACAAGCUUGAUUCUGUCUGUGGCAGCUCCAAUUCCAAGCGUGUGUGUGUGUGUCUUCUUCUUGGCCAACUAUAUAUCUUAAGCUUGGACAUGCCAAGUUUGUGUUGGCCUCAUCCGUUUCUAAGUACUGAAGAACCA